AUGUACUAUGUACCGUGCACACCUUGCCACUUCCUCUGCCUCCUCCUCCUCCUCCUCCUCCUCCUCAUCCUCCAUAUCAUCCUCCUUCCCUCCCCCUGCUCUUCCUCCUGCUCCCCAUCUUCCUCCUUCUUCUCCGCCUACGCUUCUCCUCCCACGCACCCAACGCCAGCCCCAGCGGAAAUCCUGACGAGGCGUUUCCGGCACAACAUGCGAGUGUUUGACGUUUACCCACAAUAG